AUGAAUUCAUCAUUUGAAUCUCUUUCUACUCAACUAUUAUUUGAAUUCUUUGAUUAUUUAUCCCCAUUCGAUUUAUUUCGAAUUUUCAUCAAUCUCAAUAGUCGUUUAAAUGUCAUUGUUCAUUCAUAUCCACUUCGAUUGGAUUUUCGACCAAUCUGUCGAUCAAAAUUCGAUUUUAUUGAUCGUUAUCUUCAACCAAAACAAGUUAUUUCAUUGAUUCUUUGCGAUGAACGUGUUCCUGAUCGAUCUGUAGCAUUGAUCGAAGCUGAAACUAUUACUUUCAUCGAUUUAUCCUUAUCGGUUUCAUCGCUAUCAAUCAGAAGUUAUGAUGUUAAUGAUUAUUACCCAAAUUACAUUAAUGAAAUAUUGUCUCGACAAGCGAAAGUGUUAACUCAUUUAAAAAACGAUAGUAAAGAUUUACAGCAUCUUAUUGAUUUUCGUUUUCCAGCUCUUAAGUAUUUGAUUAUUGGUGGAGGGUGUUAUUAUGACGGUAUUCAAGUAUCAUUUGCAUGUCUUGAACGAUGUCUGAUUAAAUUAUCUCAAUUAACAAAUUUCACUUGUCAAGCAAGUGGGCCAUGGAAUUUAAUCGAUGGAAAUCGAUGGGAACAAUUACUUUUGAAAACACGAAUUGUUCAAUUUAAUUUUAAAUUCAAAUUUAAUCUCACUUUGGAAAUUUCAUCAAUACUGGAACCAUUUCGUUCAUCAUUUUGGCUUGAACAAUGA